GCACUGCCAAAGACGCCGCCACUCACCGCGCUCGACAGCCACCCGCCUUAAUCCUCCCAACGCCCAACGCCGCCUCAAGCUCAGCAACUACCCAAUGCCGGCUGCUCCCGCCACGCGCACCGCGACUCAUGGCCGACGCCAAGCCGAGCAAACCCAAAGCCUCCACACCCUCCGCCUUCGCUGACGCCGCCAAGGCCAAGGCCAAACCGAAAGCCGUCGACGCCAGCGCCGGCAAGGCCGAGAACGGCGGCCUUGGCGCGGCGCCGCCGGGCCGAUGCCGCUGGCUGCGGUGGGCGUGCUGCGGCCUGGCCGUCCUCGGCGCGCUGGCCGCGGUGGUGAUGCUGGCCCUGUCGCUGACCGUGCUCAAGGUGCGGGACCCGACGCUGUCCAUGGAGUCCGUGGCGGUGCGGUGGUUCAGCGUGCGCUUCGACGCGAGGGCGGCGCGCCCGCUGCGGAUCAACGUCACGCUGGCGGGGAGCAUCGCGAUCCGGAACCCCAACUACGAGUCCAUGCGGUUCGGGGCCAGCGACACGGAGAUCUUCGUGGACGGCGUGGCCGGGCCCGUCGGCGUCGGCCGCGCGCCGCCCGGGGAGGUCCCCGCGCGCGGCGCCAGCCGGGUGACCGCGGACCUGGACGUGUUCGUCGACCGGGUGGGCUCGGCCGUGGUGGGCGAGGUGCUGUUCGGCGGCGGCGAGGUGCGGCUCGCCAGCCGCACGGCCGUGGACGGCCGGGUCAGCGUGCUCGGGGGCCUGUACGGGCGCCGCACGGUGCGCGUGGCCAUGCGGUGCCGCGUCGCGCUGCGCGUGUCGGCGGCCGUCGUCGUCGCCGGGAGCCCCGCCUGCGUCGCGGAUUUCGGCCGCUGACGGCUGGGCAUCAUCGGGGAGGCGCAGCGUGCGACGGCGGAGCGAUGCUUUGGUUGACUUGGUGCGGGGCCGUACGUGUGUUUGUGGGUGAGCCGGUAUAGUUUUUAUCCUCUCUUCACCGGCGAUGACCGGCGUAGGCAGUGACGGUGGCGGCUUAGGUAUAACCGCCGAGUGCUUCUUCCCUCCUUGUCAGUAAAUUCCGGCUCCUCUUCUCUUACCUCGUUUUGUACCAUACGAGUGCUGGCUUGUUUGUUUGUUCUAACAUCGUGUUGAAUAACGGCAGUGAAAUCCUUGGCGCAAA